UUUGCUAGUCAAAGCAGACUCAGUGCGGUGGGACGUCACUCGCAGACCGCAGGACUUCCUGCAUGAACGCCUGUGCGAGCGCUGAGCUGCGGUCAGUAGAUGUUUCCUGGUCAUGGAGGAGCUCGUGUAUGCGUCUGUGUGAGAAGCCGGGAGUGGACGCCGUAGUGGACCCCCGUCCUCACCCCCCAGGUACUGGAAACAGGCUGUGUACAUGUGAGUGUGUGUGAGGUAGAUGGCAGUUCUCGGCGGUGGUAGAGCUCAGAGAUGAGUUCCACAGCCAUUCUGGAGGAAACUCUGAUCAAACGCUCGCAGCAGAAGAAGAGAACUUCUCCGCUGAACUAUAAAGAGAGAGUGUUCGUCCUCACCAAGACCAGACUGUCCUACUACGAGGGACGGGCCGAGAAGAAGUUCAGGAAGGGCUGUGUCGAGCUGCAGCGGGUCAAGUGUGUGGAGAUAGUGAAGAAUGGAGGUGUGGUCAUUCCCUGCCAGAACAAAUACCCCUUCCAGGUCGUAUAUGACACAACCACUCUGUAUAUAUUUGCUCCUAGUAAUGAGAGCAGGACACUGUGGGUGCAGAACUUGAAGGAAGAGAUCAGGAAUAACCCUCAGAUUGUAGCGAAGUUCCACCCUCAGUUCUGGCAGGAGGGCGGCUGGCUGUGCUGCGGUCAGGCAGAUAAACUGGCUCCAGGCUGUGAGGAGUACAACCUGUUCGGAGACAUUACCCGGAAACCACUGCCCCCGAUUCCUGGUGACGAGUCCAAGACGCGCCGUCCUCCCCCACCGCCACCCCCAGAGCAUGGAGCUCCGGCAGCGCAGGAAGAAGAACCUGAGGAGGAGCUGGUCAUCGCUCUGUAUGACUUUGAGGGAGCGGAGAGUCAGGACCUGACCCUCCACCGGGGAGAGGAGUACGUCAUCGUCGAGAAGUGUGACGUGAACUGGUACAAAGCACGCGACAGAUACGGGGACGAGGGCUACAUUCCCAGCAACUAUGUGACCCUGAAGCAGCCGGACAACCUUGAGCAGUUUGUGUGGUACUGCAAAAAUGUCAACCGAAACAAGGCAGAGGAACAGCUACGGAAUGAGGGUAAAGAAGGCGGGUUCAUGGUGCGCGACUCCAGCAGUCCAGGAGCCUACACUGUCUCUCUCUACACAAAGUCUGUGGGGGAUGGGGUGAUCAGACAUUAUCACAUUAAGGAGACUGCAGGCUCCCCGAAGCAGUUCUACCUGGCUGAGAAACACCUGUUCGACGACAUACCUGCACUCAUAGAGUACCACAAACACAACGCUGCAGGUCUGGUGUCCAGGCUGCGGUAUCCAGUGAACAAACAGAACAGAGCAGCUCCAACAACAGCAGGAUUCAGCUACGAUAAGUGGGAGAUCAACCCGUCUGAGCUGACGUUUAUGAAGGAGCUGGGCAGCGGUCAGUUCGGAGUGGUCAGGCUGGGGAAGUGGAGAGCUCUGCAUAAAGUUGCCAUCAAAGCCAUCCGCGAGGGAGCCAUGUCUGAGGAGGACUUCAUCGAGGAGGCCAAGGUCAUGAUGAAUCUGUCCCACCCAAAGCUGGUGCAGCUGUACGGUGUUUGUACGCAGCAGAACCCGAUCUACCUGGUGACGGAGUUCAUGGAGCUGGGCUGCCUGCUGAACUACAUCCGUCAGCGCCGCGGCACCUUCGGCCCCCAGAACCUGCUGAGUAUUUGUCACGACAUCAGCCAGGGCAUGCAGUACCUGGAGGAGAACCACUUCAUCCACAGAGACCUGGCUGCCAGAAACUGCCUCGUCAACGACUCGCACGUGGUCAAAGUGUCAGACUUUGGCAUGGCCAGGUAUGUUAUAGAUGACCAGUACACCAGUUCCUCAGGAGCGAAGUUCCCAGUGAAGUGGUCUCCACCUGAGGUCUUUAACUUCUGCAAAUACAGCAGCAAGUCUGACGUGUGGUCAUUCGGUGUCCUGAUGUGGGAGGUGUUCACGGAGGGAAAGAUGCCCUUUGAGAAAAACCUUAACCAUGAGGUCGUCACCAUGGUGACCCAGGGUUAUCGUCUCUAUCGCCCGAAAAUGGCCACGCCCUACAUCCACGACAUCAUGAAGCUGUGCUGGCAGGAGAGACCAGAAGAGCGGCCGUCGUUUGCGCAGAUCUCCAUGAUGAUCACGGAUGAGAUCGAGGCUGAUGGGCUUCCUGACCUCUGAUUGGACAGUCAAACUCCAACUCACUGUCGCCAAAUGACUGGACUCUUCAUGACCUCACUGUCUAUGGAGUGGACAAUGGACAGCAUCAAUAACCCUACUGGACAGAAAACAUACUCAGGAAUGAAAAGUUGAACUGAACGAUCCAUGAAAGCAUGUGAGCGUGGGCGGAGCCUGCGAGGCGGCCGAGGCGAGGCGAGGCGUGUUUGGAGAUUGUGUAUCUCCUGGCUGGGGUGUACAUGAUAAACCUCAGUGACUCUUCAUGCACAGGCAGCUGAUUGAGGGCAGUAAGGAGUGGUCAGACGUGUUUUAGCCCCAGGCUAAAGUCUGUUUGGUGUGAAUGUGUAAAGAUGAAUAAAAUGCUAACUGGUGAAAUGACCGUC